UCGGUGCCUGCUGUACCAGCUUUGCCAAAGUCAUUCUCUACCGACCGGUUGCCUAUGCUCCGCACGCAGACUGCUUCCACUGAUCGAUCUGUCCCUGUCCCUAAGGUCACUCACGAAAAGCAGCUCAUUAGCCCUCUCUCCGUGUCACAGAAGAAAGAUGAGCUAUGGAAUCAGUUUCGUACACUCGAUGCAGACUUUUCCAAGUUCUCUUCAAAGUCAACAUCCCUCAAGGCGAACGUCGUGCGCAACGCUUUGAUUCCCUGGUUGCGGACUUAUGCCAAUCAUCCAUCCAACAAGACGCUACGUCCGGAGGAUCUGGAUCGAAGGACCAGCAUUCUGAACAAGUGGUGGUGUGGCCUUAUAGAAAUGCUCCAUGGCAGGAACAACCAGUCGAUAUCCGGUACAGAUCGACCAGUGAUCCUCGACGGCAUAUCCGCAAUCAUGGAGCGACCAGAGUGGAGACUUUCGCCCGGACCUUUCUGUCCUCUCAUUGAACGCGUCAAGGUCUCGUUGAGUACCGGCAGUCGAUCGAACACCUCUCUCGGGUCUAGUUCCUCCGACUUUCUCGCAGACUCUGUUCAUCAUAAUGUGCGCAACAUCUUUGUUCAGAACUUGAGCGCGCAAAUGGCCUUCGUUGUAGACAAGAUGUCUCUACGGAACGCGUCUGCGAGCCUUGUAACUUUCUGCGGCAAAGCGUGUGCCUACGCUUUCAUGUUCGUCCCCGGCAUGGCAGAUGUAAUGGUCAGGCUCUGGGACCUGCCGAUGGAUAUCAUGCGGCGCGUCUUGCAAGAAAGCGGCAUUGGCAAGUUUGACAACAUUCCGGACCUCACUUGCACCGAGAUUGUUUCCAACUUUCCCCCCGCGCUACAUUCCCUAGGCUUUGUAUCUUUGAUGAAGUACAUGCGGAAGAUUCGAACGCCUCCGCCACUGCCUUUAGGCACGAUGAAUAUUCAGUGGUGGGGACACUGGGUGGAGCGCUGGAGUGGUCGCGAAAGUGACCUAUUUUACGUCUUCGUAAAGCACUUUCACAUUCUUGCCACGGACUUUCUACCUCCAACAACCACGAAGCGAGAGAGAAUGUGCUCUCCGGGAAUGCUGCUUGUACAUGCUCAGAUUCUUGCCAACUUGGACGCGACUAUUCAUCGAGAUGCCAACCAGGCGCAACCCGAUACAGCACAUGCUACUCCGUCACCUACUUUCGACGAUGUCUUGAGCAAUCCGGAUGCACAUGCGAAUGCAUUACCCAUUCCUCCCACUAAUGCGACACGACUCAUGGCCGAGAAUAGGCUAAUAAUGUUAAUACGAGACUUCCUUUCUGAGCGCACAGCCGACCAUCCUAUAGCGAGGGAGCUGUUUGCGCAAUCCUUCAACGACCUCUUACAUGCAGCCACCCGGGGUACUUCGAUGUUUGACCACUCGGCUUGCUACACGCUUUUGGACCUUCUGGAAGAAGCCCUGGCAAUCAUGAUCCGUUAUGAGAGCCUCAACACGAAUACGCCCCUGGUUGACUCGGAUUUCUGGCAAACGGUCUGCAGAAAGAUGAUUGACAGCGAGAACACCAUGACUGAGAUUCGGCUGUAUGCCUUCCUUUUCACAAUCUGGAACAUGGUCAUUGCGGACACUGGUAGAAAGAUAGACCUCUGCGUCAAUCUCCUGCUGGAUCCCGACGUCUUUGAGAGUAGAUUCAAUCAUUGGUGUCCGAUGGUCCGGGCCUACUACAUGCGUCUACUGUGCUGGAGAGUUGGCAGGUUUGACGGCGAAGAGGGCAAUUGUGAUCUCACAAUUUUGGAGAUGAUGCAAGAUCGACUGCAGAAGGCAUGGUCGCAUUACCUCUACUUGUCAGAUCAGGCAAGUCGCAUGAAUCAUAUGCAACCUGAUACAGGUCCAUGUCACCCAGCGCCGGGCCGAAGACUUCUCAUCGUGCGGACGGACAACAUCGUAAGCCCGGGAGGCUCCUUCCUGACCUUCGAUGGCCUCUUGAGAGACUCUCCCAUGCACAUGGCCAAGCAUUCAUCCCCUCAUUCUAAACUGGCAGAUUCGAUUGACGCCAGGCCCGAAUCGUCGGGUUCUAAUAUGGAUUCCGAUACUGACUCAAGCGGCAAGGGCAUUGGUGGCUUCCUUCGCAAAAUGAUCGGUGGUGGUGGCAACUCAAAGACUCGAUCGAAACCACACGGACCUGUGCCAAAGCGAACCGACGCUCCAGCACCGGGUGCUGCGAACCCUCUUGGCCUCAACCGAUUCGCGACUGACUUCGCCUCUCCUCCGACGGGAGAAUGUAGCAUAGCUGCACAGCCGACACAUCGUAGUCUGUCCUUCAAGUUCUCCCUCGAGUUCCAUCCGAGUUGCAAGCAGCAUCCGCAGAUGAGGCUGUUCCCACCGCGCCUUCCUGGCCCAGCUCAGCGUCUGCUUGAAAGCCACAACAAGUCCAGGCCAGCUGCUGCGAUGGGCAAACCACUUCAACCUCGCGGCGAGAGCGUAGCGAGAGCUAAGUAUUCUGGCAGAGCGCUUGCCGAAUGGACGAUGGUGGUCGGCGAAUGCCAAAGUUUCUUCGACAGACGAAUGAAAGAAGGCGUCACGAAUCGAAAAUGGGUUGAAACUCCGACUCUUGGUGUUGAGGUCUUUAAACGACCUUCUUAAAAGCGUAUCGCAUCCUGUCUUUACUGCUGUGUUGCGUUGUAGCGAUUUCUGUGACGGCAUUUGUAUUUCGGCCUCAUUUGAUGGCGGUUUCCUUGACUCCCAUGGAGGGAGGGUGUAUGAUAAAAUUUUCUCUCAUACAGUUAGUUGAUGGCAUGGUUGGAAUGGAAUGGACAUAAGAUAGAAG